AUUGGACAAUAAAUUCAAGAUGGCGACGAAUUUGUAAGCACUGGUAUGUCUGAAAAUCUGAGUCAUGCUGCUGACUGUGAGGGUGACGCAGUUAACCUGGAACUUGUUCAAGAAAUCUUUGAUAUUGUUAAAGGUAUAAAGGACCCUGAGUUACCACAAACUCUAGAGGAGCUGAAUGUCAUUGAAGAGGAAUAUAUUAGAAUUAACAAGUUUGGAGAUGAUGUAUACAGCAUACAAAUAGAAUUCAAACCCACUGUUCCUCACUGUUCCCUUGCAACCCUCAUUGGUCUAUGUUUGAGGGUUAAAUUGGAGCGUUCAUUACCUUACAAGUUUAAGCUUGAUAUCUUCCUUUCCAAGGGAACUCAUUCAACUGAGGAUGAAAUCAACAAACAGAUAAAUGACAAGGAGCGCAUAGCGGCAGCAAUGGAGAACCCAAAUCUAAAGAAGAUUGUUGAGGAUUGUAUUUCCAACGAAGAUGGAUAAACUCCAGUUAGAUGGCUUACAUAUAUAAAAUUUAUCAUACGUGCGAAACAUGCUGAAUGCUAUGCAAUUUUUAACCUUAGACUAGAUUAUCCAGACAACACGAAUGCUGUGUAGUAUUUUGUAAAAUAAUGAUCACAUUUCAUACUCUAUCAUUUCAAGCAACAUGGUGGUCUUUUAAAACUCAUAUCAAGUAACGGUUGUCUGCUGUAAGUCUUUGUAUGACUUUCAGUAAUUAAUAACAUAAAGAAAACAAAUAUCUCUUUACUUAAAAAAAAUGUUCUUAAAGAUAUACUUACAGAAUUACUAGGCACAAAACAAUGACAUCUAGAAGAUGAUCUGCAUUUAAUUAUGUUUGGAAAGAUUUUCAGAAUGCUUCAAUUCGUGAGUGGUAUUGUUAUUUAAAAUACACUGAUCAGGAAUAUAUUGAAAAUUGAAAAUUGUAUGAAAGAGCAAUUUUUUCAAGAGUUUAUUUUUAGUCCUGAGAAGGACGAAAUGUCAGUCGUGAUAGUUAAUUAUAAUAGCGUUUGACCAUAUUCCUAAUGUUAAUUUGCACAACACAGGCCCUAAAUUAUUAUACAUGUGGUUAAUUGCUCUUUACUCUACAAUGUUGGUACUGUGUAUGGAGUUGCUAAAUGGUGGAACUUUUUUACUUAAUUUUUACCAAAACUAAUAAACAAAGGUCUCUAAACUUCA